UUCCUGGAUGGCAGCACGGCUCUAAUUCCACUUCCACGCCGGAUUUCUAAAACAGGGAAGGGGGGAGGCUGGCAAAUAGACAACAACACCGGAUUGAGGAAACUGACGAGGGCAUACUAUGUGCAAAACAAACUUGUUUAAAGCUGACAGCCAUGCAGCCCGAGCCGUUUCAUUCACUAUCGCAGCUCCUCCCCAGCGCACUAGACCCGAGGACAGCAUCCAGCGUGGUGUUCGCUAGCACUUCAAGCCAUGCGUUUGUACGCGAUCCCUGUGUUGCUGCUGAUGGUGCUCGGAGACGCUGACGCGUGGGGUCCCGCGGGUAAAUACGCCGUCAGCUGCCCGGAUAAGUGCAACCCCGCGCUGUGCGGCUCGACGCAGCGCUGCAGGCGCACGGUGCUGGAUGACUGCGGAUGCUGCCAGCUCUGCGCCGCGGGACGGGGAGAGCACUGCUACCGCACCGUGUCCGGGAUGCACGGCGUCAAGUGCGGACCGGGACUCUUCUGCGACUUCUACAAGGAUGAGGAUGAUUAUGGAGAUGAAUAUGGCAUCUGCAAAGACUGCAUGUACGGAACAUAUGGCAUGGGAUGUCGGAAAACAUGCAACUGUAAAGCAGGUGGACUGUGUGACAGGGAAACGGGCGCUUGUCUCUCCUUUAAAUUCUUGGCUAAAAUGGCCAUGCUGAAAUCUCAUUCAAGUGAAGGUAAUGAAGUGGGCUCAGGCGACGACAACACUGAAACCAGCAGCAAUCGGUCUUCCGCUCGCAAUUUUCUCACCCCUCGCUGACAGCAACUCUCCAUCUUCAGUUUAGUCAGUGUACAUGUAGCAUAAUAAAUUAAAGGACCAAACGGAUAUAUUUUAAUAUGUUUAAAAAGGUCAAAGAAAAAGAUAUGCAUUUUAUUCUGUAUAUUUUACAGAUGUGUAUGCCAGUUAUAUCUUUAUUCCAAAGCAUGUCUACAUGCAUUCACAUGCACACAAAUAAACAUGCAAAUAUCCAGCAGAGUUUGAUAUCCCAAUAAUAACGUUCCCGCUGGGGCUCAUUAUGCUGAAACUGAGAUGUCAAAACUGUGGUUAAACUGAAUGAACACACACAAACACUUUUAUGAAUGUAUUACAAUUAAAUCAUAAUUAAUGAGAUGCAUAUUCUAAGAUUAUAUAUCAGACUCAAUUCCAAUUCUGAUCAGCAAAGUUCACUGAUGUGACAUCUGUAAUGCUAAACAGUGAUGUUGUUCAUGUGUGUGGUAUAUUAAGGCCAAGGAGAUUAUUAUAAAUUAUGGACUGUAUAUCCUUAUAAUCUGUGUGUAAAUUAUUCUCUGUGAAUCUUUGCUUUAAAACCCUCUUGAAAGAGAUAAUAUGAAUUCUUACUGCUUUAUGUAUGAGAUUUAAAUUAAACAAUGUAAUUCUAUGAGGGAAAAAAACAGUCUCUUGUUGUUGUUGUUUUGCCAUUUUUUAUUUAGUCAAGUUUUUAUUAUUUUUAUUAAAAGUUCUGUUUAAAACAUUUAAAAAGUGUGAAAAUGACGGAGAACUAAUGUUCUAUUUUUAAUGUUUAAGUUAACUAAGAUCAGGGGCCUGUACCAUGAUGGUAGAUGAACAAAUUCAGAGUUACAGGAUUAGUUUCGAGUUGACAAAACCAAACCUCUCCAAUCCGGCUUUGUUGGUACCAUGAUGCUGAUCAUCAACUUUCUUUGUUAACUCAGGCUUUGAUCCUGAGUUUGUGGAGCAUGUGCACAUGAAUGUGUGACAUCAGUGGCUAACAGCCAAUCACAAGCCUUGGUUAAAAGUUAAAGAUUUUGCUAAAGGUUAAAAGAUUGAAAAA